AUGGAACCAACGUGUCUCAUGUUUCCUACACAAGAGCAACACCCUCGGCUUGAAUGGUCAGGAAUCCAUGGAUCCAAAGCCUUGAGAGCAUUCAUUAGAGGGACCAAAAAUGCAUGCAGCAGUCAGUGCAUGUAUUCGAGUGAAGAUAAGGGAUUGGAUUUCAUAUGCUCUUUUGACCCUUCACUCAGAUUAUCUCUGGAUAACAGUCACUCUCCCCCAACAUUUGGUCCUUCAAAUAAAGUCCCUAAAUUUCUAAUUAUUUCCCCCUCUCCUUCCCUUUGCAGCUUUGUUUUCACUUCCAUUUCCUCUUCCUUUUUCACUUUCUUCUUUUGGCAUUCUCUUCGUUUUUGUCCAUUUCUGUUCCCAAAAAAAAUGGUACACUGUCACAACAAGUGCCGCCAUGUUGUUCCUUGUCUUCAUUGCCACCCACAUAGCUACAUCAGGAUGGUUCAGCAUCUGAUAGAGAGAUGCUUGCUUCUUCACAUGAACCAACAACAAUGCGUCAAGGCAUUGGCACAGUACGCAAGUAUUCGGCCGUGCAUUACAAUCACAGUGUGGAGAGAGCUAGAGAAGGAGAAUAGGGACUUCUUUAGAGCAUAUGUUCAUGGUGUCUCUUCCUACAGGCCCUUGAUGUGUAAGUGCUGA